UAGGAACAUAGAUAGUGUGCCAAGUGCUUUGACGAUUAAUAAGUGUAAUGUUUACAUUUUAAUUGCCAACGAACCACCUGUGAUUAUAAACAUAUUAAUACUACAUAAAUAUUAACACUCUGAUAAAAUAAAUAAUGAAAGUCAAUCAACACUUUAAUGUUAGUAUUUUAUUAAUAAUUAUUACAGUUCUAACGACUGCUUAUUCUAUUAAACAAAAUGGCGGAAUGAAUAUAUUCAAACAAUUCAGUGAUAAUAAAAAUGUCAUCAUGGGUACACUUAAAAUGAAUGGAAAAAUGUUUAGGAAUUGGAAAACAAGUUCAAUUGCAAGAAACUUUAACAAAGUAAUUGGAUUUGUCCCUAUUAUUAAAGAAAAUGAUAUUCAUAAACUAUUGGAAUUAGUAUUAAAUGAGGCUGAUUUAAUUAAAAUUGAAGCAUUAAAAAAACUGUGCAAGCUGUCUUAUAGAAAUCUAAGUGAGAAAAGUAAAAAAGACUUAAUUAAUGCAAAACUACAAGCCACUAUAGAAUUGAUAAAAUAUUAUAGUGUUAUCUAUAAUUGGCCAAAAGUUAACAUUACAUUUCACCAAGGACUAUUCUAUGCAUACUGCUGUCAAAAAAUAUAUAAUGAUAAUCCGGGUGAAUGUUUUAAAAGGAAAACACAGUUGCUCGAAUCUUUCAUAUUUCGUCAUAAAAUUGAAAUCAAUCGUGGAAUGAGACGUUGGUUAAACAAAACUUCUAAAGAAGCUGAGAAAUAUCUUAAAGAUGAUAAAACGUUACAAUUUAUCAAAACAAAAAUAGCUUGUAAAAUAAAAUUAAUGCAAGAAAAUAAAAACAAAUUGGCAAAAGCAGCAAUGAAAUUUUAUAUGGGUGGUACUAACAAGGAUAAGACUUACAAUUGUGUUACAGAUUUAAAAGUAUUCGAAAAAGACAUAAAAGAAAUUGGUUCAUAUCCUGGAGAAUAUCAUUAUUUAUUAGCAAAAGCAUAUGAAAGUCAAGGUGAUGAUGAAUCAGCUUUAAAACAUCUUCGUAUAGCACGUAAAGCAGAAGUUGUAGACACAAAGACUCGUAAUAUCAAUAAAAAAGUACAAGACUAUUAUGAAAAAAUAUACACACGUGUAAAUGAAUUUCAAAAUCUUUAAACAAUCAUUAUAAUAACUAUAAUUUUUAUAAUAAAAAACAACAGAUUUAAUUUUAAUACUUUUAUAUUUUGUUUUUAAUAUUACAAAAAAAAAUUAUUUAAUUUAUUUUAUAUUAUGUAAAUAAACGUUCUUUAUUUAAAAAUUAAAAA